CACACAUAACAGUACAGUACAUAAUAGCGUGAGAGUGGGCAAGGGGAAGACCAGGCGAGAACAAGAAGAGUUGAAUUGAUUGCGAGAGAGAUCGAGAGAGAGAUCGAGGAGAGAGAUGAUAGGGGACGGAGGUGUAGAUGAGGAAGAGAAAUACCUAGCCGCUGGGAUCGCCGGCCUUCAACAGAAUGCUUUCUAUAUGCAUCGUGCUCUCGACUCUAACAAUCUCAAGGAUGCACUUAAAUACUCCGCCCAGAUGCUCUCCGAGCUUCGCACUUCCAGGCUUUCUCCUCACAAAUACUACGAACUCUAUAUGCGAGCAUUUGAUGAACUCCGUAAGCUCGAGAUGUUCUUCCGUGAAGAAACUAAACGGGGUUGCUCUACUAUUGAGCUCUACGAACUUGUCCAGCACGCCGGUAACAUCUUACCCAGGCUUUAUCUUCUCUGUACAGUGGGAUCCGUGUAUAUCAGGUCCAAGGAGGCCCCUGCCAAGGAUGUUUUGAAAGACCUUGUGGAAAUGUGUCGGGGAAUACAACACCCUCUACGUGGUCUUUUCCUUAGGAGUUAUUUAUCCCAAGUUAGCAGGGAUAAAUUACCUGAUAUUGGUUCCGAGUACGAAGGCGAUGCAGAUACUGUUUCAGAUGCUGUAGAGUUUGUACUUCAGAAUUUUACAGAAAUGAACAAACUUUGGGUCCGUAUGCAACAUCAGGGACCUGCUCGGGAGAAGGAGAAAAGAGAGAAGGAAAGAAGCGAGCUUCGUGAUCUUGUAGGAAAAAAUUUGCAUGUUCUCGGUCAGAUCGAAGGUGUUGACCUUGAUUUGUAUAAAGAUAUUGUGCUUCCAAGAAUCUUGGAGCAGGUCGUGAAUUGUAAAGAUGAGCUUGCACAAUACUAUUUGAUGGAUUGCAUCAUUCAGGUGUUUCCUGAUGAUUAUCACUUGCAAACACUAGAAACAAUACUGGGUGCCUGCCCCCAGCUUCAGCCAUCCGUUGAUAUCAAAACUAUUCUUUCUCGAUUAAUGGAGAGGCUCUCAAAUUAUGCUGCAUCAAGUGCAGAAGUUUUACCUGAGUUCUUCCAAGUGGAAGCCUUUGCAAAACUGAACAGCGCUAUAGGAAAGGUGAUAGAAGCUCAAGUUGACAUGCCUAUUGAUGGAGUUGUAACAUUAUAUUCUUCUCUCCUGACGUUUACUCUUCACGUCCACCAUGACCGUCUUGACUAUGUGGACCAAAUAUUGGGUGCAUGUGUAGGUAAACUUUCUGUCGUUGGAAAGCUUGAAGAUAGUAAAGCCACAAAACAGAUUGUUGCUCUUCUAAGUGCUCCUUUGGAGAAAUAUAAUGAUAUAGACACUGCAUUGAAACUUACCAACUACCCCCGUGUGUUGGAGUUUCUAGACCAAGGAACUAACAAAGUGAUGGCUAAUGUGAUCAUUCAAACUAUCAUGAAAAACAAGACUUGCAUCUCCUCGGCAGACAAGGUUGAAGCACUUUUUGAACUAAUAAAAGGACUCAUUAAAGAUUUGGAUGGAAAUCUUGAUGAGGUUGAUGAUGAAGAUUUUAAUGAGGAGCAGAAUGCUGUUGCACGCCUAAUCCAGAUGCUAUAUAAUGACGAUCCGAAAGAGAUGUUAAAGAUCAUUUGUACUGUGAAAAAGCAUAUCAUGGUAGGAGGAGCGAAGCGUCUUCCUUUUACUGUACCUCCCCUUAUUUUUUGUUCUCUUAAGCUGGUUAGACGGCUGCAGAGCCAGGAAGAAAAUGCUGGUGAAGAAGAGGAAGAUGCCUCGGUGACACCAAAGAAAAUUUUUCAGAUUCUGAACCAGAUGAUUGAGGCUCUAUCUGUAAUUCCUGUACCUGAACUGGCACUGCGGUUAUACCUACAAUGUGCUGAGGCAGCCAAUGACUGUGACCUAGAGCCUGUAGCAUAUGAAUUUUUCACCCAAGCGUAUAUACUCUAUGAGGAAGAAAUAUCGGAUUCGAAGGCCCAAGUGACAGCAAUACACCUAAUAAUAGGUUCUCUGCAAAGGUUACAUGUCUUUGGUGUUGAAAAUAGGGAUACCCUAACACAUAAGGCUACUGGGUACUCUGCAAAGCUUUUGAAGAAGCCUGAGCAGUGUAGAGCUGUUUAUGCAUGCUCACAUCUCUUUUGGGUGGAUGAUCAAGAUAGCAUCAAAGAUGGGGAGAGGGUCAUGUUUUGCUUAAAGCGUGCGUUGAGAAUAGCGAAUGCUGUUCAACAAAUGGCUACUGCAACACGAGGUAGCAGUGGAUCGGUCAUGCUCUUUAUUGAGAUACUGAACAAGUAUCUCUAUUUUUUUGAGAAGGGGAACCCACAGGUCACAGUUGCUUCAAUUCAGGGACUGAUUGAAUUGAUCACAACUGAAAUGCAAAGUGAUAAUACCACAUCAGAUCCAGCUGCAGAUGCUUUCUUUGCCAGCACAAUGCGGUACAUUCAGUUCCAAAAGGACAAAGGUGGAGCAGUAGGAGAGAAAUAUGAGCCCAUUAAGACAUGAAACUACUUGAUGACUGGAUACAUUGAACAUUCUUAAGAUCGCAGCCACAUAAAAAUUUACUCGUUUUAAAGGUAUGGGUUUGUUUCGUUGUUGGUUUUAGCGAAGGAAUUAUAGAUAUUCCAUGAUCCUGUUUGAAAGAAUCUUAAAUUAUAUGCAAUGUAACACUCUAGGUAGGUGCUUGUACAUUUGGGGAAAGUUCUGUAUGUUUAGAAGGCCAUUAGGGCUUUGUAAUUGAUACAUUGUAAAGGAAUGCAUUAGGUUGAUUUUCA